AUGAGUAUAAAUGCUUCGACGCCAAGUGAGAGCAUGCUCGAAAGCCAAGCCCUUGAUCGCGUGGACGAAUCAAUCCCGAUCAAAGCUGGGGAUGCCGAGAAGGAUGCAGCUCCGGCCCGGGAAAUCGUAGGUUUCCGCUGGCUGCUCGUCUGUAUUGCUGUUUUCUCCGCCAAUCUGCUCUAUGGCCUGGAUAAUACCAUUGUGGCGGAUAUCCAGGCUCCAAUUGCGGGUGACUUUAACGAGUACACGCGGCUGGGUUGGCUCGGCGUGGGCUUCACCUUGGGAUCGGUGGUUUUCAUUCUUCCGCUGGGCAAAGCUUACGCUAUUUUCGAUACAAAAUGGCUCUUCCUUGGCUGCUUGACCAUGUUUGCUGCUGGUAGUGCCCUCUGUGGCGCUGCCCCUAGUAUGAAUGCCAUUAUUGUCGGGCGUGUGUGGGCGGGAGCCGGAGGGGCGGGCAUGUAUCUGGGAAAUCUGAAUCUGAUCACUAUCCUGACCACCCCCACGGAGCAGCCUGUAUAUGUUGGCCUGGUUGGAUUAAUUUACGGCACUGGCUGUAUUCUGGGUCCCAUUAUUGGCGGUGCCUUUUCCGAUAGUUCGGCCACAUGGCGAUGGUCAUUCUAUCUCAAUCUGGUCAUCUUUGGAGUCAUGUCACCCAUCUAUGUAUUCCUUUUGCCCUCCCUACCACGCCCAGCAGGCGAAGGCCGCAGCUUCCUCAAGAAGCUUGUGGAGUUAGACUGGGUGGGUACCGUCCUUUCCGCAGGAAUGCACAUCUCCAUCAUCUUGUUCAUCGUAUUUGGGGGUGUCGAAUGGUCCUGGACGGAUGGGCGGAAUAUCGCUCUGUACGUGGUGUCCGCCGUCUGCACUAUUGCCUUCUUCGCCAGCCAGUAUUUCUGUGUGGGAACCACCAAAAAGGACCGAUUGUUCCCCGGCGAGUUCUUACGAGACCCCACUAUGAUCCUCCUCUAUGUCAUCAUGGCCUGUGGUGGUGCCGCCCUUUUUGUGGCAGUUUAUUAUAUCCCACUCUACUUCCAGUUUGUCCACGGCGACUCCGGUAUAAUGUCAGCGGUGCGUUUGUUGCCAUUUGUCUGCUUCUACGUGGCCACGAUUCUGCUUUGCGGCUAUGCCAUGCCCAAGACCGGCUACUUUAUCAUCUGGUACCUGCUGAGCGGCGUCUUCAUGCUCAUUGGAGCCGUGUUGAUGUACACCGUGAAACUGGAUACCAGUCCCGCCAACGUCUACGGGUACUCCAUCCUGUUGGGACUUGGUAUGACCACCACGCAGGCCGCUUACGCGGUGGGUCCGGCCAUUGUGACCCCCGACCGCGUAGCCGAAUGUCUUCAGUUCAUGAACAUCGGCCAGGGCCAGAGUCAGCUGCUGGGAUUGGCUAUCGCAAGUGCCAUUUUCCAGACCAAGACCCUCAGCGGUCUCACUUCUCUGUUGGCGGAUAAGGGAUAUUUGCAGACUGACAUCCAAGGUGCCGUUGCUGGCGCCCAGAGUACUCUGAUGGAGCGGCUGCCCCCGGCAUUGAAGACGGCAGCGCUGAAGGUGAUUGUGAGUUCGAUCAGUGAUGUCUACGUAAUGGCGAUUUCGGCUGGCGCCCUGUACGUGGUUGCAUCCUGCCUGCUACCUCGCCGUCGGUUUUAG